AUGUUUAAAAUAACGGCUAUAGUGUCCUUGAUGCUUAUUGCUACGUGGUCACACGCGGACUCUAGGAGGUACAAAAAGGAGGCCACAUCUUCCUCAGGCAGCACGGUGUGGGGCACUUUCUCUUGCGACUCUUGCGGCAACGAAUGCGUGAAGGCGUGCGGCACCAAACACUUUAGAGCUUGCUGCUUCAAUUAUCUGAGGAAGAAGCGGGGACCUGAGCAUAUUAAGUUCUGGACCCCAAACGCAAUGGAAGUAAAAAUGGAGUCGCCCUACAAGACCAAACUACCAAUCAUAGCCGUCGAAACGGUGCCUGACUUCUUCGGAGAGCUGUCCAAGGAUUUUGAACCUAACCCCUUCGAAGAUAUGGUUGAUAAUAGGAUGUAUGAGGUUUAAGAUGUUUUGAUUAGGCUGCAAUACUCU